AAGCCCUUGUAGUUACACUAUCGACCAGCAGGGGGCGGAAGCGCCGCUUGCGGCUGUUUCACCAACCAUAAACAAACCGAAAGGAAGAUGACUCGGAGAAGCAGGAACACCCGUAUUUGAUUUGAAGUAAUCAGAGUAUAUUUCAGGGUAAUCGGGGUAAAUAAAGAGCCUCGGUUUCCUGGAGGAGCUGCAGGAAGAAAACUCGGACCGAGCCAAAGAGACGGAUCGACGGUGGGAGGAAAACCCUGCGGAUGAUGGCGGGCUUCCUGGAUAACUUCCGCUGGCCGGAGUGUGACCGGUUUGACUGGGGAGAGCGGAGGAACGCUGUGGCCUCGGUGGUGGCUGGAUUCCUGUUCUUCACCGGCUGGUGGAUCAUGAUCGAUGCUGCAGUCAUGUACCCAUCUCAGGAAAUGAUGAACCAUUCAUUCCACACAUGUGGAGUCUUUUCCACCAUCGCUUUCUUCAUGAUCAACGCCGUUUCCAACGGCCAGGUGAGAGGAGACGCGUACAGUGAGGGCUGCUUUGGGCGGACAGGCGCUCGUCUCUGGCUCUUCAUCGGCUUCAUGAUGAUGUUUGGGUCGUUCAUCGGCUCCAUCUGGAUCCUGUUCGGAGCGUACGUCAUGCCAAAGAAAGAUGUUGCUCCGGGUCUGGCCGUGUUCUUUCAGAACACCUUCAUCUUCUUCAGCUCUCUGAUCUACAAGUUCGGCCGCACAGAAAACCUUUGGGGUUAACCGGCGAGCCGUCCUGCUAUCUUCACCUUUUACUUUUUUCAUCUGACUUUGUCACCGCUGCGUCUUUAUAUAUGUCCCCGCUCCUGAAAUACAAGCAUGUUUUUAAUACUUUUUUAAAUGAGAAUUAGAGUUUAAUGCCUCACAUGUUGACAUUAGAUAUCAAAAGAGAUAAUUUUAGUGUUUUACAAAGUUUUAAGGAGCGACUUUCAGGCUGAUUUUUCUAUAUUUUAAAGGGAAACAGAAGGAGAACAGAGGAGUUCAGAAUUAUUUCUGUGGUUCUCCUGAGGAAAUCUGGAAGCUGCUCUUUAUCGUCACUUUGGGGGUAAUUUAUUAACUUUGAAGCCACUGGAACAUUUUUAAUUGUAGCUGUAAUUAAAGUAUUACAUUUAUUUUUUCAGUUUCUGUUGUUUUAUUUAUGUUAAUUUUAUUUAACAUGUAAAUAUUUAGAUUUUUGUACUCAUAAAGCAUCUGCCUGCUGCUGUAGAGACUUUAGUUUUUAUUUUUAUUUAAAUGAACGGGUUCAGUGAAUGCUAAGGUAACAGCAUUUAUCUCUGUUCUCUUCCAAUAUUACAAUAGAAAUGUGUUUUUGUUGUUUUUAAUGAUCUUGUAUCUUCCUGUAUUGUUUUUUUAAGCUGGAUAUGUUUGUUUUUAUUAAUCCUGUUGCUUAAAGAAGCAGAUGAGUCAGUGUUCAUAAGAGGAGGUUGAUCAUUAAAGGGUUAUUCUGGAAAAUUAACAGCUUGUUCUGUCUUUUUCAAAUAAAUAUGGAACAUUUUU